AUGGCAUUUCCAACUGAAAUGGUCCCAUUUUCCACCAUUUGCAACUCUAAUCGACACCAUGAACGCUUUACCUAUCUCUUUCAUCUAGCACAUGAACAAUAUCUUGUUGGUUCGUAUUCCAAUGCUUUACGUCUAUGUAAUGAAUUAUAUGCUUCGAAUGCUUCACGUCCUGAACUUUUACUUUUACUUGGUGCCUUACAUUUUCAAUUGGGUAAUUUUUCACAUUGUAUUGCUUACAAUCAACAAUGUAUUCGUCUUGCUCCAACAUUUGCUGAAGCUUAUGGAAAUUUGGGCAAUGCAUUGAAAGAAUUGGGUGAUCUUUCUGGUGCAAUCCAAUUUUAUCUUCGUGCGAUUAAAGUGAAUCCAAACUUUCGUGAUGCUUAUAAUCAAGUAGCGAAUUGUUAUAUGGUAUUAGGACAAACAGAAGAAGCAGUGGAAAUGUAUCAACUUGUCUUGGAAUAUGAUCCGGAACUUGUGGAAGCUCAAAGUAAUUUAGGAAAUUUAUAUAAAUUACAAGGUCGACGUGAAGAUGCGAAAGAAUGUUAUUGUCAAGCUCUUCGUUUGAAUCCAAAGUUUGCAAUUGCUUGGAGUAAUUUAGCAGGUUUAAUGAAAGAAGAAGGUCAAGUAGAAGCAGCAAUUGAAUAUUAUCAAGAAGCCAUUCGAUAUGCACCGGAAUUUGCCGAUGCUUAUAGUAAUUUAGGAAAUGUCUUGAAAGAAAUGAAUCGUUUGAAAGAAGCAAUUGAAGCAUAUCAAGCAGCUGUGACGAUUCGACCAACGUUUGCAAUUGCAUAUGGAAAUUUAGCAAGUUGUUACUAUGAAGCUGGUGAUUUUGAACUUGCAAUUUCAACAUUUCGUCAUGCUAUUGAAUUGGAAGGAAAUUUUCCCGAUGCAUAUAAUAAUCUUGGCAAUGCAUUACGUGAAUGUGGUGAGUUGGAACAAGCAAUUGAUUGUUAUCGUACAGCUUUACAAUUAAAACCUGAUCAUCCUCAUGCGUAUAAUAAUCUUGGCAAUGCAUUGAAAGACAAAGGAUUGAUUAAAGAAGCUUUACAAUGUUAUACAAUUGCCAUUCGAUUCAUGCCUCAAUUUGCUGCAGCUCAUAGUAACAUUGGUAGUAUUUUAAAAGAACAAGGAAAAUUCGAUCAAGCUUUAGCACAUUAUCAAGAAGCUAUUUCAAUAGAUCCGAAGUUUGCCGAUGCGUAUAGUAACAUGGGGAAUGUUUUCAAAGAUCUUUAUGCUUAUAGUAAUUUAGCAAGUGCUUAUAAAGAUGGUGGACGAUUAGAAGAAGCAAUUGGAUUUUAUCGAAAAGCAUUAACUUUACGUCCUCAUUUUCCCGAAGCUUUUGCGAAUUAUUUUCAUUCACUGGUUUUUAUUUGUGAUUGGAAAACACGACAAGAAGAUACGAAGAAAUUACAAGAAUUUCUUGAUGAACAAUUACAAUUUCAUGAUGUCGUUCCUGCUGUUCAACCAUUUCAUGCACUUGUAUAUCCAUUAUCAAUGCAAUGUUUUCAAGCAAUUUCCACACGAUAUGCUGAACGUGCGAAAUUAAAUGUUAGUCUUGUGGAGAUUCCACGUUGUCGAGUUUUACGAAAUACACCAGUGGAACGGUUACGUAUUGGUUACGUUUCUUCGGAUCUUGGGAAUCAUCCACUUGCUCAUUUAAUGCAAAGUGUAUUUGGUUUUCAUAAUAAAAAAGAAUUUGAAAUCUUUUGUUAUGCUACUUCACCUGAUGAUGGUUCGAAAUGGCGACAAGAAAUUGUACGCAGUGUCGAACAAUUUCACGAUAUUUCUACGUUUACAACUGAAGAAGCUGUACGUACGAUUUUAAAUGAUCAAAUUCAUCUUUUGAUCAAUUUAAAUGGGUAUACAAAAGGUGCACGAAAUGAAAUUUUUGCGUUACAACCAGCACCAUUGCAAAUAAGUUACAUGGGAUUCUGUGGAACAUUAGGUGCCGAAUAUAUUCAAUAUAUGAUUGGUGAUGCCAUGGUUGUCCCAGUGUCUUCUCGUCAAUAUUUUACGGAAAAAAUUAUUCAAAUGCCACAUACGUAUUUUGUCAAUGAUCAUAAACAAUCAGCGCAAGAAGUACUUGACACAAGAAAAUGUCCAACUCGUGCUGAUUAUGGGGUACCCGAUGAUUACUUUGUCUUUUGUAACUUUAAUCAAGUUUAUAAAAUUGAUCCCGUGACAUUUACAACGUGGAUGAACAUACUACAACGUGUUCCAAAUUCGAUUCUAUGGUUAUUACGUUUUCCACCUAUUGCUGAAGAAAAUAUACGUGCUGAAGCUCGUGCUCGUGGUAUUUUUGAUGAUUCACGAUUACUUUUUACAGAUGUUGCACCAAAAGAUGAACAUUUAAAACGUGGAUAUUUAGCAGAUUUAUUUCUUGAUACUCCGGAAUGUAAUGCUCAUACAACUGGGUGUGAUAUUUUAUGGGGUGGAACACCAAUGAUUACAAUGCCUCAAGAUCGAAUGGCAACACGAGUAGCAGCAAGUUUAUUACGUGCCGCGAAUUUAAGUGAAUUAAUUACUACGUCGCUGGAAGAAUAUGAAGAAUUAGCUGUUGCUUUAGCAACUGAUCGAAAACGACUAGCAACUUUACGACGACGUUUAGAAACAGAACGAUUGACAUGUCCAUUAUUUGAUACAAAACGAUGGGUACGCAAUUUAGAAAUUGGAUACUCAAUGAUUUGGGCGCGUUAUGAAAAUGGUUAUGAACCCGAUCAUAUUGAGGUACCAGAUAUUCAAGAUCUUUUACGACAGAAUCAACGCCAUGGUACAAUGUAA